CGUGAACCCAGGAGGUGGAGGUUGCAGUGAGCUGAGAUCGCGCCACUGCACUCCAGCCUGGGUGACAGAGAGAGACUCCGUCUCAAAAAAAAAAAAGUAGUAACCACAAAAUGAGCGAUUGGCCUUCAUCAACAUUGAGAAGAAUGGGCUAUUUUCAAGAGACCAUUAAGAGAGGAAGAAAAGGCAAGCUUUAGGGAUACAUAUAUUUAUUUUAUAUAUAUAUAUAUAUAUAUAUUUUUUUUUUUUUUUUUUUUUUUUUUUUUUUUUGAGACAGAGUCUUGCUUUGUUGCCAGGCUGGAGUGCAGUGGCGCGAUCUCGGCUCACUGCAACCUCUGCCUCCAGGGUUCAAGCGAUUCCCCUGCCUCAGCCUCCCAAGUAGCUGGGACUACAGGCGUGCGCUGCCACACCAGGCUAAUUUUUUGUAUUUUAGUAGAGAUGAGGUUUCACCGUGUUGGCCAGGAUGUUCUUGAUCUCCUGAUCUCAUGAUCCGCCCGCCUCGGCCUCCCGAAGUGCUGGGAUUAUAGGCGUGAGCCACUGCACCCAGCCUGCAAUAUGCAUAUUUUUGACAAAGGAAUUACACCCAGAACUUCUGUGCAUCAAUAAGAAAAAUAUAGCCAGCUUUUUUUUUUUUUUUUUCUUUUGGAGAUGGAGUCUGGCUCUGUCGCCCAGGCUGGAGUGCAGUGGCUCGAUGUCUGCUCACUGCAAGCUCCGCCUCCCAGGUUCACGCCAUUCUCCUGCCUCAGCCUCCCGAAUAGCUGGGACUACAGGCGCCCGUCACCGCGCCCGGCUAAUUUUUUUGUAUUUUUAGUAGAGACAGGGUUUCACUGUGUUAGCCAGGAUGGUCUCGAUCUCCUGACCUCGUGAUCCGCCCGCCUCGGCCUCCCAAAGUGCUGGGAUUACAGGCGUGAGCCACCGCGCCCGGCCUGCAAUAUAUAUAUAUUUUUGACAAAGGAAUUACACCCAGAACUUCUGUGCAUCAAUAAGAAAAAUAUAGCCAGCUUUUUUUUUUUUUUAACUAGGCAAAAUACUUGAACACAAGCACUUCACAAAAGAGGAUAUCAGAAUGGUUAAUGAGCACAUGAAAAGAUGGUCAUCAUUAAUACUCAUUAAGAAAAUGCAAAUUAAGGCUGGGCGUGGUGGCUCACGCCUGUAAUCCCAGCAUUUUGGGAGGCCAAGGCGGGAGGAUCACCUGAGGUCAGGAGUUCAAGACCAGCCUGGCCAACACAGUGAAACCCUGUCUCUACUACAAAUAACAAAAAUGAGCCGGGCCUGGUGGCAGGCGCCUAUAGUCCUAACUACUGGGGAGGCUGAGGCAGGAGAAUCGCUUUAACCUGGGAGGCAGAGGUUUCAGUGAGCCGGGAUCAUGCCACUGCACUCCAGCCUGGGUGACAGAGUGAGACUCCAUCUCAAAAAAACAAACAAACAAACAAAAAAAAUGCAAAUUAAGGGCAAAUGAGGUAUUACUAGGCAUCCACCAAAUUGGCUAAAAUUAAAGCAACUGACAAUCCCAAGUGUGGAUGACCAUUGAGCGCAAUUGGAACUCUCAUACGCUGUGGAUGGAGUCUCGCUCUGUUACCCAGGCUGGAGUGCAGUGGCGCGAUCUCGGCUCACUGCAAGAUGAAAGUCUAAAUUGUUUCAACCGCUUUGGAAAACUUGGGCACUAUCUACUAAAGGUUUUUUUUUUUUUUUUUAAAUGGAGUUUUGCUCUUGUCUCCCAGGCCGGAGUGCAGUGGAUCUCGGCUCACUGCAACCUCAGCCUCCACCUCUUAGGUUCCAGUGAUUCUCCUGUCUCAGCCACCCGAGUAGCUGGGAUUACAGGCACCCACCACCAUGCCCAGCUAAUUUUGGUAUUUUUAGUAGAGACGGGGUUUCACCUUGUUGGCCAGGCUGGUCUCGAAUUCCUGACCUCAGGCCACCACACACGGCCUAUUUACUAAAAUUAAACAUAUAUAUACCUUAUGACUUGGCCAAAUGCACUGUAUAUGCAUUUCUAGGUGCAUAUACAGUAGAAUUAGUGCAUAUUUUCACCAAAAGACAUAAAUAAGAAUGUUCAUAGCUACUGCAUUCAUAAUAAAGUGCUGAGAUUAUAGGCGUGAUCCACUGCACCUGGCUUGGUAAUGUACUUUCAUACUUUAAUAAGUCUGCCAAUCACAGCACUUUGGGAGGCCAAGGAGGGCGGAUCACGAGGUCAGGAGAUCGAAACCAUCCUGGCUAAUAUGGUGAAACCCCGUCUCUACUAAAAAUACAAAGAAAUUAGCCGGGCACGGUGGCAUGCGCCUGUGGUCCCAGCUACUUGGGAGGCUGAGGCAGGAGAAUUGCUUGAACCCAGGAGGCGGAGGUUGUGGUGAGCCGAGAUUGCACCACUGCACUCUAGCCUGGCCUACAGAGCAAGACUCCAUCUCAAAAAAAAAAAAAAGUCUGCCUUUCUUUACUUACCACUGUAUAGUCAUGUCUCACCCGCCAUGGUUAUUAGCGAAUGAGAUACAUAAAGAGGUGCCUGAGUGAAUCCUUGGGGUUCUAGACAUAGUUCUCCUCGAUCUCACUCUGAGCAGCAACCCAACUUUCCCUUGCUCGUAACAAUCUAUGAUCCCCGCUGGAAUAGAAACUCCUUCUCUCUCUAUUGGUUCAGUGAAUGAAGAUCCCAAAAUGACCACGAAGUAGACUCAGUUUCCAAUGGACCAGAACCACAACUCUGUUCCCUGGGAUAAAAUAGGGAAUUCCAUGGGCUGGGUGAGGUGGCUCACGCCUGUAAUCCCAGCACGUUGAGAGGCUGAGGCGGGUGGAUCACCUGAGGUCGGGAGUUUGAGACCAGCCUGGCCAACAUGGAGAAACCUCAUCUCUACUAAAAAUACAAAAUUAUCCCGGCGUGGCGGCGCCUGCCUAUAAUCCCAGCUACUCGGGAGGCCAACGCAGGAGAAUCACUUGAACCCAGGAGGCGGACGUUGUGGUGAGCCGAGAUCACACCAUUGCACUCUCAUCUGCAGGUGCGUGGAGUCUUCUUAUGUGCAAGCUUAGGAGCUGAGCAAUUCUCCCACAGACCAGCGCCUAAAUAAACUUGUAGGAUAAAGCGAAACUCCAUCUCAAAAAAAAAAAAAAUAGCGAAUUCCUUGUGUGUUAGGAUCUCAAACUCCAGUGAGCCCUGAGUUGGGUAGAUGAAAACAAAAGUUCCUUCAGUGAGUUAUUAGAUGUUAUAUGCAAGGAAACACUACCACCUCCACUCUUGGUUUGCAGGCGUGUACUGCAUAUUAUUGAACAACAGCCCAGUCUUACAGGGUGUGGUCUCUUAGCUGGAGUCACAACUGAGCCUUCCAUAGGCUUGCUUCAGUAGCCUUCUGUAGGCCACUCUACCAUCCAUCUGGGUAACAGGGCACAUGAUGAAUCCCAAAGGCAUGAGCCCAUUGUCAAAAUUCCUUCACCUUAGUGUAAAGUUCUCAGUCAAAAGAGAUGUGAAUGGCUGGGCGUGGUGGCUCACGCCUGUAAUCCCAGCACUUUGGGAGGCCAAGGCAGGUGGAUCACUUGAGGUCAGGAGUUCGAUACCAGCCUGGACAACAUGUUGAAACCCCAUCUCUACUAAAAAUGCAAAACUUAGCUGGGCAUGGAGGAGGGCGCCUGUAAUCCCAGCUGCUCAGGAGGCUGAGGCAGGAGAAUCGCUUGAACCCGGGAGGUGGAGGUUGCAGUGAGCCGAGACUACACCACUGCACUCCAGCUUGGGCGACAGAGUGAGACUCUGUCUCAAAAAAAAAAAAAAAAAAAGAAGAAAAAGAAAAAAAAAGACUGAGAGGAUCAAUUUCUAUGUUUAUUCAAAGAAACCAUAAACAUCAGUCCCAUGGGGACAAUUGGGCUGGUUUCACCACAAGAACUAAAUCCUGGGCCCCCUUUCCUGGUGGCCAGGAUGGGUUGGAGCUGAGAGCUGCUGCUCACUUGUCCAGCUUUUGUUUCGUUGCUCUAUCAUCUGCAUGGUAUUGGGAACUACCAGAAGAGUGUUGUUGGAGAGCAGGCUGGGUUUCUGCCAGGGACGUGAGCUGCGUGUGACUCAGGAAUGCACCUGCAUGUCUCGGCUCACCUGGAGACAGCAUCAGCUGACAUUCCUGAUGGAGAGCAGGGAGGAUGCUCAGGGCCUUCUAUCAUCACUUUGGGAUUCCUCCAGGUGACUGGCCCGAUGCCCAGCUCAGAGAGAAGAGACUUUCUGCUUUCAACCUGAGAGCAGAACCCUCAUCUGCAGGUGGUGAUGUUCUGGACUCUGAUGCUGAACGGUCCUUUACCCAGAGCCCUGCGGAAUUCGGAGCACCCAACUCUCCAGGCGAGCGCCUGUGAUGUCCUGUCUUCCAUCUUGCCAGAGGCCUUCAGCAAUCUGCCGAAUGACAGGCAGAUCCUGUGCAUCGCAGUGCUGCUCGGGCUGAAUGACAGCAAGAAUCGCUUAGUGAAAGCUGCAACUUCACGGGCCCUGGGAGUCUAUGUGCUUUUUCCCUGUCUCAGACAGGUCAGAGUGAGCCUAUUUAGCUCUUCUGUGCCCCUUUUGUAGUCCAUGACACCCCUAUUUUGUGGAUAUAGAGCUCCUGCAUUGGAUGGAUGUCAUAUUUGUUGCAGACGCAGCAAAUACAUAUUGAUGUCACUUGAAGACAAGUCUCUGAAUGUUCGAGCCAAAGCAGCCUGGUCCCUGGGCAACCUGACAGACACUCUGAUUGUCAACAUGGAAACACCAGACCCAAGUUUCCAGGAAGAGUUCUCUGGUCUCCUCCUCUUGAAAAUGUUACGAUCAGCUAUAGAAGCAUCCAAGGAUGAAGACAAGAACUGCCUUACUCUUCUGGAUGAUGAGGAUCAUAGAUUGGAAUAUGUGAAAAUUCAGGAUGAACAACACCUGGUAAUUGAAGUUCGCAACAAAGAUACGAGUUGGCCUGAGGAGAUGUCUUUUAUAGCAAACAGUAGUAAAAUAGAUAGACACAAGGUUCCCAUAGCAAAGGGAGCCACAGGUCUAAGCAACCUGGGAAACACAUGCUACAUGAACUCAAGCAUCCAGUGCAUUAGUAACACACAGCCACUGACAUAGUAUUUUAUCUCAGGGAGACAUCUUUAUGAACUCAGCAGGACAAAUCCCAUUGGUAUGAAGGGGCAUAUGGCUAAAUGCUAUGGUGAUUUAGUACAGGAACUUUGGAGUGGAACUCAGAAGAAUGUUGCCCCAUUAAAGCUUCAGAGGACCAUAGCAAAAUAUGAUCCCAGGUUUAAUGAGUUUCAGCAACAAGACGCCCAAGAACUUCUGGCUUUUCUCUUGGAUAGUCUUCAUGAAGAUCUCAACCAAGUCCAUGAAAAGCCAUAUGUGGAACUGAAGGACCGUGAUGGCCGACCAGACUGGGAAGUAGCUGCAGAGGCCUGGGAAAACCAUCUAGGAAGAAAUAAGUCAAUUGUUGUGGAUUUGUUCAAUGGGCAGCUAAGAUCUCAAGUCAAAUGCAAGACAUGUGGACGUAUAAGUGUCCGAUUUGACCCUUUCAUUUUUUUGUCUUUGCCACUACCAAUGGACAGUUAUAUGCACUUAGAAAUAACAGUGAUUAAGUUAGAUGGUACUACCCCUGUACGGUAGGGACUAAGACUGAAUACGGAUGAAAAGUACACAGGUUUAAAAAACCAGCUGAGUGAUCUCUGUGGACUUAAUUGAGAACAAAUCCUUCUAGCAGAAGUACAUGGUUCCAACAUAAAGAACUUUCCUCAGGACAACCAAAAAGUACAACUCUCAGUGAGCGGAUUUUUGUGUGCAUUUGAAAUUCCUGUCCCUGCACCUCCAAUUUCAGCUUCUAGUCCAACACAGACAGAUUUCUCCCCUUCACCAUCUACAAAUGGAAUGUUCACCCUAACUACCAAUGGGGACCUACCCCGAUCAAUAUUUGUCCCCAAUGGAAUGCCAAACACUAUUGUGCCAUGUGGAAAUGAGAAGAACUUCACAAAUGGAAUGGUUAAUGGUCACAUGCUAUCUCUUCCUGACAGCCCCGUUACAGGUUACAUCAUUGCAGUCCACCGAAAAAUGAUGAGAACAGAACAGUAUUUCCUGUCAUUUCAGGAGAAUCACCCCAGCCUCUUUGGAAUGCCAUUGAUUGUUCCAUGUACUGUGCAUACCCGGAAGAAAGACCUGUAUGAUGCGAUUUGGAUUCAAGUAUCCUGGUUAGCGAGCCCACUCCCACCUCAGGAAGCUAGUAAUCAUGCCCAGAAUCGUGAUGACAGUAUGGGCUAUCAAUAUCCAUUCACUCUACGAGUUGUGCAGAAAUAUGGGAACUCCUAUGCUUGGUGCCCAUGGUCUAGUUUUUGCAGAGGCUGUAAAAUUCAUUGUGGGGAAGACAGAGCUUUCAUUGGAAAUGCCUAUAUUGCUGUGGAUUGGGACCCCACAGCCCUUCACCUUCGCUAUCAAACAUCCCAGGAAAGGGUUGUAGAUGAGCAUGAGAGUGUGGAGCAGAGUCGGCGAGUGCAAGCCGAGCCCAUCAACCUGGAUGGCUGUCUCCAUGCUUUCACCAGUGAGGAAGAGCUGGGGGAAAAUGGGAGCUACUGUUCCAAGUGUAAGACCCACCGCUUAGCAACAAAGCAGCUGGAUCUCUGGAGGCUUCCACCCUUCCUGAUUAUUCACCUUAAGCGAUUUCAACGUGUAAAUUGUCAGUGGAUAAAAUCUCAGGAAAUUGUCACAUUUCCUCGGGAAAGUUUUGAUCUGAGUACUUUUCUGGUACCAAGAGACCUGGCUGUCUGCCAGCAUAAACCACUCACACCCCAGGGGGAUGAGCUCUCCAAGCCCAGGAUUCUGGCAAGAGAGGUGAAGAAAGUGGAUGCACGGUGUUCGGCUGGGCAAGGGGACGUGCUCCUGAGCAAAAGCCCAUCCUCACUCAGCGCCGACAUCACCAGCAGCCUGAAAGGUUCUCCUUCAUCAAGAAAACGUGGAACCAGCUGUCCCUCCAGCAAAAACAGCAGCCGUAAUAGCAGCCCACGGACUUUGGGGAGGAGCAAAGGGAGGCUCCAGCUGCUGCCCCAGAGUGGCAGCAAAAAUAAACUGUCAAGUAGUAAGAAGAACUUGGAUGUCAGCAAAGAGAAUGGGGCUGGGCAGAUCUGUGAGCUGGCUGACGCCUUGAGCAGAGGGCAUAUGCCGGGGGGCAGCCAGCCAGAGCUGGUCACUCCUCAGGACCACGAGGUAACUUUGGCCAAUGGAUUCCUUUAUGAGCAUGAAGCAUGUGGCGAUGGCUGUGGCAAUGGCUUCAGCAAUGGUCAGCUUGGAAACCACAGUGAAGAAGACGGCACUGAUGACCAAAGAGAAGACACUCAUAUUAAGCCUAUUUAUAAUCUCUACACAAUUUCACGCCAUUCAGGAAUUCUGGAUGGGGGCCAUUAUGUCGCUUAUGCCAAAAACCCAAACUGCAAGUGGUACUAUUACAAUGACAGCAGCUGUAAGGAACUUCACCCUGAUGAAAUUGACACCGACUCUGCCUACAUUCUUUUCUAUGAGCAGCAGGGGAUAGACUAUGCACAAUUUCUGCCAAAGAUUGAUGGCAAAAAGAUGGCAGACAGCAGUAUGGAUGAAGAGUUUGAGGCUGAUUAUGAAAAGGAUUGUAUGUUACAGGAAAGCUACCACUCUGGCUGCUAGACAGCUUGGUGGUGAGGGAGAUGACUCCUUGUAGCUGAUGGCAAAAGUGUCACUGAAAGGCAAGCUAAAUGUAGUUAUUUUAUCCUGUUAGAAUAGAAAUUCUAAUUAAAAUAGUCAACUUUAAGAGUAGUAAUAAUUUUAUUUUGAAGUCUCAUACAAGCUGUCCGAUAGAGAACUUUCAGGCAGAUCCCACCAUUAGCCUGUAAACAAAAGGUGUGGCACCAGCCACCUGGGACCAAAUAAGAAUUCAAUUGUGCUUGUCCAGAUAGGAACAAAUAUGUAGUGAGUAUAGAAUUUAUCAAUAAUCAUAACAAAUAUUAAAGAUUUCCUUGGAGUCAAAAUAAAAAACAAAAAAUUGUAAUGUUGUCUAGGGAUGACAUGAUAUGCUACCUCCUUUUUCCUGAAGUUUUAUUCCAUUAUAUUGACAAGAUGUAGAAAGCAAGAUCAUGAAGGUGUGCAAAUGAUUCUUACGGCAUGGGCGAGGAUUUUUCCAUUUAUUUUUUAAACUGCUUCCAUACCCUUUGUCUUUCUUGCUUUUUGUUUUUGCCGUUGUGUUUAUGUUUGAGACGCAACUAGUCGUUGGUGGCAGGGGCAUAGAGUGGUCAGUCUGAAAGGGAGGCUUUCUUAAGAGCUAUGUGCCUUCCACCCAGAGGGAGACCCAGUAGAAAGAAAAACCAUCCUGGGAAAUCCAGCUACCAUGGCCCUCCCAGUGGAGGCAUCUUACAUUUAGGAUACUUCAAGUAUCCUCAGAAAUGUAUUCUGCACCCCCGGCCCUGCCCAUGCUGAUAGAGUAUAAAUAAAAUAGUGUUGAUGUACUGAAAUAUGAACUGUAUAAAAAGUAUUUGUAAUUGUAUAUGGGGUGUACCCGUUUAUCUGUAACUAUUAUCCAAACAAAUUAAAUACUGUGGAUGCCUCUAUGUGCUGUUUUUCCUCAUACAAGUAAACACAGAAUGUCA